AACUUCAAAAUCCCACCGAAAGCCCUCAAGAGUGGUACGUUGCCCUUUCGUUUAUAAGUUCUCUCCUGGCACCUCGCGCGACUUGUCUUCGUGUGUAAGCGCGGUCUUGUGGAGACUUCCAGAACCCAAGAAUUCAAUCUGUGAUCUUUUCCUUGGAUCACUUUGAAGGUUCUAUUUUUUUCUUGACAGACUGACUGUUUUUGACACAUCGGUUCAAUCUCUUGCAAGAUGAGCGUUGUUGGUUUUGAUUUUGGUAACGAGAGCUGCAUUGUAGCUGUUGCAAGGCAGCGAGGUAUUGAUGUUGUUCUCAAUGAUGAAUCCAAGCGGGAAACUCCAGGUAUUGUCAGCUUUGGGGACAAGCAGCGCUUUAUUGGGACAGCUGGGGCAGCGUCCAUUAUGAUGAACAUCAAGAAUUCAAUCUCUCAGAUUAAGAGAUUGAUUGGGCGGAAAUUCUCUGAUCCUGGAUUGCAGAAGGAUCUUCAGUCAUUGCCAUUUUCUGUAGUAGAAGGGCCUGAUGGAUUUCCUUUAGUUAACGUGCGCUACCUGGGUGAAGUAAAAACGUUUACCCCAACUCAGGUGUUGGGGAUGCUAUUUUCAAAUCUUAAAGGUAUUGCUGAGAAAAAUCUCAACUCAGCAGUGGCUGACUGCUGCAUUGGAAUCCCAGUUUAUUUCACUGAUCUUCAGAGAAGGGCUGUAUUGGAUGCAGCUACAAUUGCUGGGUUGCAUCCCCUUCGAUUGAUACACGAAAUGACUGCAACAGCCUUGGCUUAUGGUAUAUAUAAAACUGAUUUGCCUGAAAAUGACCAGUUGAAUGUGGCAUUUGUUGAUAUUGGACAUGCAAGCAUGCAAGUGUGCAUUGCAGGCUUUAAGAAGGGGCAGUUGAAAGUGUUGGCCCAUUCAUCUGAUCAGUCUCUUGGUGGCAGAGAUUUUGAUGAGGUAUUAUUUCAUCACUUUGCAGAAAAGUUCAAGGAUGAGUACAAAAUAAAUGUUUAUCAGAAUGCAAGGGCUUGUCUUAGGCUCCGAACUGCGUGUGAGAAGCUUAAGAAAGUUCUUAGUGCAAACCCUGUGUCACCUUUGAACAUAGAAUGUUUGAUGGAUGAGAAGGAUGUGAGAGGAAUCAUUAAGCGGGAGGAAUUUGAACAAAUAAGCAUUCCUAUAUUAGAACGUGUGAAAGGACCUUUGGAGCAAGCUCUUGCAGAAGCUGGUCUUACCAUUGAUAAUAUUCACAUAGUUGAAGUUGUUGGUUCAGGUUCUCGUGUGCCAGCAAUAAUUAAAAUAUUGACCGACUUCUUCAAGAAGGAGCCUAGGCGUACUAUGAAUGCAAGUGAGUGUGUUGCUAGAGGUUGUGCCCUUCAGUGUGCAAUCCUGAGUCCCACAUUUAAAGUGCGAGAAUUUCAGGUAAAUGAGAACUUCCCAUUUUCCAUAGCUCUCUCCUGGAAAGGUGCUGCUUCAGAUUCUCAAAAUGGAGCAGUGGACAAUCAGCAGAGCACUGUUGUUUUCCCUAAGGGGAAUCCCAUACCCAGUGUCAAGGCUCUUACAUUUUAUAGGUCUGGCACUUUUAGUGUUGAUGUUCAUUAUACUGAUUCUGAUCAGCAAGCAAAGAUCAGUACAUACACGAUUGGUCCUUUUCAAACUUCAAAAGGUGGAAGGGCAAAGGUGAAGGUGAAGGCUCGACUUAAUUUGCAUGGAAUUGUUUCUGUUGAAUCAGCAACAUUGUUAGAAGAGGAGGAAAUAGAGGUUCCAGUCACCAGAGAACAGUCAGCUAAAAUGGAGACUGAUGAAUCUCCUGCUGAUUCUGCGGCUCCUCCCAGUUCUAAUGAGAACGAUGUUAACAUGCAAGAUGCCAAGGGAAACACAGAUGCUGGAGCUGAAAACGGCAGUGUAGAGUCAGGAGACCAGUCUGUGCAGAUGGAGACGGAUUCCAAGGUUGAAGCACCGAAGAAGAAGGUAAAGAAAACCAACAUCCCCGUGGUAGAAUUGGUUUAUGGUGGAUUGGCAGCAGCUGAUGUCCAAAAGGCAGUGGAAAAGGAGUUUGAAAUGGCUUUACAGGAUCGGGUAAUGGAGGAAACCAAAGAGAAGAAAAAUGCUGUCGAGGCAUAUGUGUACGAAAUGAGAAACAAGUUGCACGAUAAAUACCAGGAAUUCGUCACUGAUUCACAAAGAGAAGAGCUUUCUGCCAGACUUCAGGAGGUUGAAGAUUGGCUGUAUGAAGAUGGGGAGGAUGAAACAAAGGGAGUCUACAUUGCAAAACUUGAGGAGUUGAAGAAACAAGGUGACCCGAUAGAGGAGCGUUUCAAAGAGCACACGGAGAGAGGAACUGUGAUUGAUCAACUUGUUUACUGCAUCAAUAGUUACAGGGAAGCAGCAGUGACAGCAGAUCCAAAAUUUGACCACAUCGACAUCUCUGAGAAACAGAAGGUGUUGAAUGAAUGUGUGGAAGCAGAGGCCUGGUUAAGAGAGAAGAAACAGCACCAAGACUCGCUACCUAAACACGCUACACCUGUCCUCUUUUCUGCUGAUGUGAGAAAGAAAGCUGAAACACUCGACAGGUUUUGUAGACCAAUAAUGACGAAACCCAAGCCAGCUGCUCCCGAAACACCUCCCCCAGCUCCUCAAGGCAGUGAGCAGCAACAGGGAGAUGCCAGCGCUAGCGCAACCCCGAAUGGAAAGGCAGGCGGUGAGACUGAGGUGUCCUCAGCCUCUACAGAUCAGAUGGAGACAGAAAAACCUGAACCUACAAGUGCUGCUUAAUCUCUUCUGCUGGGAUGCCUUGCUUAAUCACUUAUUUAUUGCGAACUGUUGUGGAGCUGGAAAAAAAUGAAAUGUGUCGAUGAAAGCUUGCCCAUGUAUGUGACCUGUGAAAUCAGUUGUGAAGCGUUUUGUAUUUUGUUGUUUUUGCUAGGGUUUUCUUUUAUUGCCGGAGCGAGUAUUCGCCAUCAAUCCGGUUUCUCAAAAGCAAAAUUUUCAGAGAAAUGUUGAGGCUAUUACUCAUCUUUCCUGCGCUACUUUCUAUACCAUUUUGAACUCCAAAAGAAUUAUUAAAUGUAUAAUUUUUGCUCA